AUGACAUCCAACUUCUGUGUCACCAAUACCUUGUCGACCUCCGCAAAGGGUUGUCCUCAGCCUUCCUCUGCCUGUUCCAGUAGCAUGAGCUGCCGGCCUGAGCUGUGCCUUGGGUAUGUCUGCCAGCCCGUGCCAUGCAUGCCUUCCAUCUGUAUGCCCACCACCUACCGGCCAGCCAGCUGCCUCUCUAAGACCUACUUGUCGAGCUCUUGCCGGCCCAGCAGCUGCCGGCCAUCCAGUGGCUUUUCCAGCUCCAUGGCUACGUGCAACUGGUUCUGUGAGGGCGCCUUCAAUGGCAACGAGAAGGAGACCAUGCAGUCCCUGAAUGACCGCCUGGCCAGCUACCUGGAGAAGGUGCGUCAGCUGGAGCAGGAGAAUGCCUGCCUAGAGAGCAAGAUCCAGGAAGCCUGCCAGUCCCAAGUGCUCACCAUGUGUCCCGACUACCAGUCCUAUUUCCAGACCAUCGAGGAGCUCCAGCAGAAGGUGCUGUGUACCAAAGCGGAGAACGCCAGGAUGAUCGUGCACAUUGAUAACGCCAAACUGGCUGCAGAUGACUUCAGGACCAAGUACGAGACGGAGCUGGCCCUGCGGCAGCUGGUAGAGGCUGACACCAAUGGCCUGCGCAGGAUCCUGGAUGACCUGACCCUGAACAAGGCUGACAUGGAGGCGCAGGUGGAGUCCCUGAAGGAGGAGCUGCUGUACCUCAAAAGGAACCAUGAGGAGGAAGUCAGCGUCCUCCGACACCAGCUUGGGGACCGCCUCAACAUCGAAGUGGAUGCCGCGCCCCCUGUCGAUCUGACCAGGAUGCUGGAGGAGAUGAGAUGUCAGUACGAGACCAUGGUGGAGACCAACCACAGGGAUGUGGAGGAAUGGUUCAAUGUGCAGAUGGAGGAGCUUAACAAGCAGGUGGCCACCAGCUCUGAGCAGCUCCAGAGCUACCAGUCAGACAUCAUUGAUCUAAGACGCACAGUCAACACACUAGAGAUUGAGCUGCAGGCCCAGCACAGCCUGAGAGACUCCCUGGAAAACACGUUGGCAGAGACUGAGGGUCGGUACAGUUCCCAGCUGGGUCAGAUGCAGUGCAUGAUCAGCAACGUGGAGUCCCAGCUGGCCGACAUUCGCUGUGACCUGGAGAGGCAGAACCAGGAAUAUAAGGUGCUGCUGGAUGUCAAGGCCCGACUGGAGUGUGAGAUCAACACAUACCGGGGCCUGCUGGAGAGCGAGGACAGCAAGCUUCCCUGUAACCCGUGCUCCACGCCUUCCUGCCCGCCUUGUGCCUCUUCCCCAAGUGCACCCCGCUCCGUCUAUAUGCCCUGCACCGUCUGUGUGCCUUGCCAGCCUUGCCCCCAGGGCCGCCACUGA